AUGGACGUGCCUCUGGCGCCAGUGGGCGAGGGAGCCAGCAAGAGUGCCAAGAAGAACGAGCGGCGGAAGCAGCGCAAGAACAGCGCUGAGGAGGAUGGGGCCUCAAGUGACUCCUCCGGCUGGGCCAUUGCGUGUGGAACAGACGCUGAAUUUGCGUUCUCCCCCGCUAUGAGGGGAAGGCAGCGUUCCUCCUCGCACGACCACGACUUGCCGGAGUUGGAGUUGCCGCCGCCCAUGCCGGAGGCUGUGGCAGUGGUGGAUCCCGAGGUCAAAGCACCCGAGGAAUCUGGUCAAGCCAAGUCCAAACAGAAGAAGAAGUCAAAGAGAAAAUAG